GAAUUUCUCGCGCUCGGUUCUACGGCUGUCGGAACGGUUCUUAAUUGUCGGUGGUAUGUGAUGCUAUGUUUUCCCAAUAAUACUACCUUCCUUAUAUAGAUGCCAGCAUUUCCUAAGGUGAUUUUGUGUGCUGGAACACAAAAACCAUAUGAACAUGAUCGUGUUAUUGUAGAUGUAUCUAUCAUUGUUGAUUCUGAACCGAGAAUUCAAAAUCAAAGGGUAACUUUUGAUCUGGGACAUGGAGAUGAUUUUGGUGUUAUCAAACUUGUGGAUGAUAUCGUAAAGGAUAUGGGUUGUGGAGAGCAAUGCGAAGUUGCCUUAACUUCCGACCAUGUCUUCACAAAUUUGGAGAAGGAAUUUUUGGGUAUAAGUGACGCACGUACACAUGAUGUGUCAUUUAACAUACAUCUCCAAGAUAUUCAAAAACUUGCAGAAUUUUGGCAGAUGUCUGAAAACGAGAAGUACGUUGUGGCAGAUGUGAUGAAACGUCGUGGCAAUAAGCUUUUAAAGACAGGAAGCAUUACUCGAGCAUUUAAUUGCUACAAAAAAGCAAUCAAGAUUUUAGACGGGAGCGUUAGCGUGGUUAAUCCUGGCUACCGUUUUGACUCAAUGGCGCUAGAUCGUCAAUCUCCAGAACUUAGUCCAUCUGCUCUGUUAGCUGUCUGCUUGUCGAAUGCAGCCCACUGUUUAUUCAAACUUGGAACUACGUACACUCUCAAUCUGACGAAACCACAAUCAGAUUACCUUCUUCUAUGCAUUAAGUGUUGCAAGCGCGCUAUCGAAUUGCAACCAGAUUACGUCAAAGUUUGGUUCCGUAAAGCUAAGGCUCAUGCUGCCUUAGGUAAUUAUGAAGAAGCUGUUAGAGCUGGACAAAAAUGUCUGUCUUGCCUGGAAGAUGAUAGCAGUUGUCGUCCGAAAUGGAUGGGCGUUGAUGAGUGUACGAGCACCAAUACUUAUAAACGAAUGCAAAUAUUCCUGUCAGAAUGGCGUGCUUCAUUAGCUAAUGAACAAAAAACUGAGAGGUCAAUUAUCCGGAAAAGAACAGUUCAUAAGUAUUCAAUGUACGGAGACUGGUGUUAUGAUGACAUGGAUGAAAUUGAAAAGAUACCUAUUUCAGUAUGGUCCAAUGAUCUAGCAGAGAAUAUGAUGUCACUCCAUGAAGAGCUUGAAGCAUUUGGAGAAAAAAUGCCUGAAUUCAAGGCUUGUCGAACGAAAGGUAAAAGUCGGCUAGCAACAAUCCAAGACGAAGAUACUGAUGGAGAUGGCUGUCAAGACAAUGAUGUAUAAUGCGCUUACUGUACAGGUGAAUUUUCACUUAACCAAGUAAUCAGUCAUUAGAUCAUAAGAUGACCUGGUAAAUUUAGAGGAUAUAUAUAUAUAUAUAUAUAUAUAUAUAUAUAUAUAUAUAUAUAUAUAAAAUGUAUAUUACGAAUCAGC